AAGCGGGUCAGCUGACCGCGCGGAGGCGCCGGGCCUAGGAGCGGAGCAGGCGAGCGGUCGCCGGGAAGAUGCUGCUGGUGCUGUCGGAGGAGCACAAGGAGCACUUGGGCUUCCUGACCCAGGUGGACAGCGCAGUUGUUGGUGAAUUUGGCCGUAUCGCGGUGGAGUUCUUAAGAAAAGGCACCAACCCAAAAAUCUAUGAAGGAGCUGCAAGAAAACUUAAUGUUAGUAGUGACGUUAUUCAGCAUGGAGUUGAGGGAUUAACAUAUCUUCUCACUGAGGGCUCCAAGCUCAUGAUUUCUGAGAUAGACUUCCAAGACUCUGUACUUGUUCUGGGAUUCUCAGAGGAAUUGAACAAAUUAUUGCUCCAGCUUUACCUUGACAACAGAAAGGAGAUCAGAAGCAUUCUUGGUGAACUGACACCAAAGCUUCCCAGUUACCACAGCCUUGAAUGGAGACUAGAUGUGCAGCUUGCCAGCAGAAGUCUGAGACAACAGAUUAAACCAGCUGUCACUAUAAAGCUACACCUUGAUCAAAAUGGAGAUCAGACAACCAAAAUAUUACAAACUGACCCUGCUACUCUGCUCCACCUAAUUCAGCAAUUGGAACAAGCCUUGGGGGAAAUGAAAACAAAUCAUUGUAGGCGAAUAGUCCGCAACAUCAAAUAACAUUAAUUUGUGACUUAUCUCAUUAAGUAAUUUGUGAAACAGUAGUAGAAAACAAUGUUCACAAGCAUACAUUUUGAGGAAAAUAAACAUCUGGAUCAGAUGAAAUGCUUUCCUGUGCCAGGAUCUUCAGCCAGUGGUUACAGGCCAAACUUCCUUUGUUUCUAACUUUAUACAGAUGCCUGAUAUGAGUUAGGAUAAUUGUCUUGUGCUUUAAGUCAAUAUAGAAAUUAGUCUGGUCAGCUGUAUGUUAGUUCUCUCUCCUUGGUGAGCAUCCCUAAUAUUAUAUAGGGCUGUCUCAAUAUAAUAGAAAGUUGUGUAUUCAUUGCUAUAUUUUUCAAGCAACAUUUUUCUCUUGUGUUCUUUCUUAAAAUAAAAAAAUAGUAACACUGAGAAGGAGUGAUAUUUUACUAGGA